AGGGAGGAGUUUCUGAGAUCCAGGGACUCCAUUGGUCUGAGGUGCAAGUUGCUGCAGCUUGAGUGUUUUGUGAGGCUUUGAAGAGAGAAAAGUGAAAGUCAAAACGGCAGCAGAGAAAGACUGUUUAGUGUAAAUAAUGGCGAACACGGAUGGAGGCUGGGAUAAAGCUAAUCUUCAAAAUGAAGCGGAGUUCAUGGACAUACUGGAGGACCAGAGACACUGUAGUGACUUGAGGUUUGCCUUCAGGACCUUUAGUCCCCCACCAUACAAAGGAGGGCCAACCUGCUCCACCCCUGAACUCAACCGAGCCGUGCUGGACUCCCAGUAUCUACGCUAUGUGAUCCAAGAGGUUGCUGUGGAGACGGGGUCAUCUUUGGAGGAAGUGAGAGACGAAGCAGACAAGACUUUGCAGGAAAUGUCUCAAAAUCUGCAGUUGAGGUUCAUCAGGCUAAUGGCGUUUACAUUCAGGAAGGUGUUCAAAAGACUCUUCAGCGCUAUCUACGUCAACAUGGAAGGGCUCAACGCACUCCAGCAAGCUGCUCAGGAGUUUCCUGUUAUCCUGAUGCCCAAUCACAGGAGUUAUAUCGACUUUCUGGUUGUCUCCUACAUCUUGUUCACAUACGACAUACCCUUGCCUGUAAUUGCUGCAGGAAUUCCUCUUGCAGGGAUGAAGAUGGUGGGAGAGAUACUGAGGCGGUCUGGGGCUUUCUUUAUCAGACGUGCCAUCGGCUCUGACAAACUCUACUGGGCUGUGCUGUCAGAAUAUGUUCGAACAAUUGUCAAAAGUGGAUUUGCUCCUCUGGAGUUUUUCGUAGAAGGUCUCAGGAGUCGAACACUGAAGUCCCUCCCACCAAAAUUAGGGAUGAUGCACAUGGUCCUGGAGCCCUUCUUUAAAGGCGAGGUGUAUGAUGUCACCCUGUUGCCCAUCAGUAUCAGCUAUGACCGGGUGCUGGAAGAGUCGCUGCUCGCACACGAGUUACUGGGUGUCCCCAAACCCAGAGAAAGUACCACAGGUCUGCUGAAGGCCAGCAAAGUUCUGCAGGAGAGUUAUGGCCGCAUGCAUGUGAACUUUGGCCGCCCCUUGUCUGUCCGAAAGCUGUGUGAGGGAAAGAUAAAUCGCUGCCAGUACAAUCUUUUACCGAGGGAUCUUCCUCAGAAGCCCAAUGCAGAGGCCCAGGCCUGUACAAGCUGGUUGGCUCAUCUGAUUGUACGGAUCCAGGAAGAGGGUAGCCUGACCAGCCCCUGGUCUCUGAUGGCCUGCGUGUUGCUCCAGGUUCCUGCUACAGCCUUAACAGAACAGGGUCUGCUGUUUGAUCAGCUCACAGAGAAAACCCUCUGGCUCAGGAAGCUGGCCCUGGAUUGUGGGGCUCAUCUGAGCUGGCCUGAGAAAGUCUCCGAUUCAGAGGUGAUGUCUUCCACCAUCCUUCUCCAUCACUCCAUUGUGUACCGUAAAGCCGGAUGUGUGUACUUGGUUCGGGCGGAUGAGCCUGAGCGGAAACAUCCAAUAAGUCCAGAGGAGGAUGUGAUGAGGACGGCGGCUGCGUUCCUGAUGCUGGCUUCAUACCGGAAUCAGUGCCUUCAUGUUUUUGUGCGACCUGCACUCCUUGCAUUGGCCAUAAGCAUCACAAAAAGCACACAGAGAGAUGAGAUCUUCACCUGUUUCUGCUUCCUUCAAGAAGUUUUCUCCUACGAAUUUAUUUUCAUCCCUGGCAGAUCUACUCAGGACUUUGAGGAGGCAUGUUCUCUACUGGAGAAAUGUAAAGCAGCCCAUGUCAGUCAGUGGGAGGUGACGGUUUCAGACACUGGGCUGGAGGUGCUUUCUUUCCUGCAGGAGCUGCUGAAACCCUUCAUAGACUCUUAUCAGCUGAUGUUCAGAGUCCUCUGUGAGGAGAGAGACGGUUCGUUCACAGAGAAAGAGUUUCUGCCUGCUGUGCGAAGCGUUGCCACAAAGCUCAUCAUUUCAGGAAAACUCCAAACCUAUGAAGCCCUUUCAUCGGAUGUACAAAAGAAUGUUUUGUCUGCAAUGAGGAGGCUGGGGGCUGUCACAAAGAUAAAAACAUCAGAGAGUCUUGAAUACAAAGUGAACAAAUCAGCUGUGAGAAGAAAUGCAGACAUGCUUGCUGGAAGAAUCCCUCCUCAGAUUGUCCAGGCCGUACCUGAUGCCAGACUGUAGACUCAGUUGGAACAGAUGCCUUUUUAUAGUCACAUUAUCCCCCAUAUCUCUCAAACUGGGCCAUUUUUUGUCUCCCUACAUAUUUUCAUGCAUUUCUGCUGUAACUUAGGGAGAAAAAGUAAAUCCUUUCGCCACAUUGACUGAAAAAUUGCUGUUAAAACAGAGAAAUUGAUAAGGAGCUAAUUGAAACAUUAGAAAGCAUAACCUAAUACGUUUUUAGUAUUAACUUUAGAUAUUGAUCUAUUUUGCUACCUGUUUAAAUAUUUCUCAUAAUUCAAAAAUGUAUAAAGUAAUUAUUAAUUUAGAGUCCAUAUUUUUUAAUUUUUAGGCAUAUUUUUAAUGUAAAAA